AUGUUUUUCCAUAAUUCCACAAUCCAUUCAGCUACAAAGUUUCAGCCAUACCAUUUAGUUUAUGGACACCCAGUUGUCAUUCCCACUUCUAUGAAAAAUGACCCAGAACUUCAAUAUAAUUAUAAUGAUUAUCAGUAUGAAAUAAAGAAACAGAUGCAAGAAUCUGAAGCAAUAGCAAGGAAAAAUUUGUUAAACGCUAAGGAAAAAUCUAAAGAGCAUUAUGAUAGAAAUUCAAAACAGCAGAGCUUUAGCAUAGGAGAUAAAGUCUUGAUGUUAGACAAGACAUCUAAGAACAAAUUAGCACCGAAAUGGUUUGGGUCAUUCGACAUUUUUGACAUAGAUCCUAUAUGGAAAAAAGUUGUUGUAAAGAAGCGAGGGAAAAGAUUAGGAAGGGACUAUUCAUCAAAACCUAUUAAAACCAUUUCUACAAUAACUACAGCGAAUCUGUGUUUCAGAAGAAUGAUAUUGCAGAACCUUUUGCCAGCGUUGAUAACCAUACAGAGCAUCAGAGCACAGACCUUUAAAAUUGAGAAUUUUAACAGUCAUCAAGGACUGUACUAUCAGAAUGAAGGUCAGGUCAGAUUAUCCAAUGUUAAUUAG